CGGAGGGGAGGGGAGGACCUUGUCAAAUUGACAGGACUCCCACAUGAGGAAUAGCAAGAAGGGCGGCAAACUCAUUGACCGCCCUGGGCAGUAAAAGCCUUAGCUACGCCACUGCAGGUGGGUCAGAGCAGAGGCCAGCCUCACCUGGCUCCAUCUUCCCACAGUCAACAACUUGGUAUGGAGAGAAACUUGCAGCUUUUCUUGGCAGGGAAAUGCGUUGCUUUCCCUCGAUCUCCGGAGUGGGAGGGAGCAAGGAAACGGGGGAGAAGAUAAACAACACCCGAAAUCGAAAGCGACUCGGCUCACUUCCUCUCCUUCGUGACGAGCUGGCGGUGGAGGCUCCUGCCUGGCAUUUUCCCCACUCUCAAGUUCAUUCACAUCCUGCUACCUCUCAUCUCAACAAAGCCACAGACUCUUCCUCCAUCAUGGCCUCAUCCUCAUCCACGGAUGUCGGAAAAGAAGCCACAUGCCCCAUCUGUAUGGAGUAUCUGACAGACCCUGUGACCUUGGCCUGUGGUCACUUCUGCCGGGACUGCAUUGUAAAGUAUUUUGACACAUGGGAACACAUUGGGGACUUGGAGUGUCCCAUCUGCAAAGCCCGGAUGCAGAGAGGGAAUUUCCGCCCCAAUUGGCAGCUGGCCAAUAUAGUGGAAAAAAUUAAACUCCUGCCACCAAAUAAAGGGGAAAAGGAUCUGUGUAAGAAACAUGAGGAAAAACUCCACUUGUUCUGCAAAGAAGAUGAAGAAUUGGUGUGUUGGGUUUGUGAGCGAUCCCCAGAACAUAAAUCGCACACUGUGGUUCUCAAGGAAGAGGCUGCCCAUGAAUACAAGACAAUCAUCUGUCAUCACCUGAAGCAUCUGAGGAAAGAGAGAGAGCAAAUUCUGGAUUACGAAGCAAACAUGGGAAAGGAAAGCAACAACCUGCUUAAAUUAACAGAAACUGAGAAGAGGAAUACAGUGGAGAAGUUCAGACAACUGCACCAGUUUCUGGAAGAAGAAGAAAAGCGCCUGCUGAAUGAAAUAGAAGAGAUGGAGAAGGAGAUCACAAGAAGAAGGGAGAAGCACCUGGCUGGACUCUCCGAGGAACUCUCCUCUCUUGACAGCCUCAUCCGGGAGAUGGAGGAGAAGAGUCAGCAGCCAGUGAGUGAACUCCUGCAGGAUGUGAGAAGAACCUUGCAGAGGUGUCAGCAAAGGGAGACAUUUAAGGAUCCACAAGCUUUCACACCAAAGUUGAAGAAGAGGAUCUCAAAAUUCCAUGUUAAAAAUCCCAUUCUGUAUGCUGUGAUGAAGGAAAUCAAAGAUGUUCUGUCAUUCGGAAGACAUCCUCAGAAAGCAAAUGUCAUUCUGGAUCUAGACACAGCCUAUCCCAGGCUCAUCCUGUCCAGGAAUCGGAAAAGCGUGAGAAGGAGAGACAAAUCUCAAGACCUGCCCAAAUAUCCUGAAAGAUUCAGCAGCCAGCCGUGUGUGUUAGGACGUGAGGGAUUCACAGCAGGCAGACAUUUCUGGGAAGUCAAUGUGGAAAGUGGGAAAUGGUGGGCUGGGGUUGCCAGGAAGUCUGUGAGGAGAAAGGGCAUCUUCCCCUUAAGCCCUAAGGGAGGGAUCUGGGCUGUGGGGAUGGAUGAUGGUGAGUACUCAGUUUACACUUCCCCUGUUUCCUCUCCUCUGUUCCUGAGUGAGGAGCCCAGGAGGAUCCGGGUGACUCUGGACUAUGAAGGGGGAAGUGUGUCUUUUUCUGAUGCUGACUCAGGAGCCGAACUCCACACAUUCACAGGGGCCUCAUUCUCCGGAGAGAUCCUCCUCCCUUUUUUUUAUCUGCGGGCAUAUCAAACCCACCUCAGCAUCUCCUGAGGAGACGAAAUCUGUCUCUCAGGCCCAGUUGGAGUUUCUUUCUACACCAGAAUGACUGAGAUGAAAACAUUUGCCAAUUUUGUUAAUAAGAAUAUGCAAAAAUGAAUUGAUAAUGGAUGAAAAUAUAGAGUUAUAAAAUGUUAAG